GCACUGCAUGCAUGCAUGCUGAAUUUGUUUUUGUGUUGGAAGAGUUGGGUCGAUUUGUUGCCGUGAUUUCAAUAAAUUUCUCCACAUUCUGGGCUUUUUGUGCUGAAAACAAAGGUCCAUCAUGGAGAUUGUGUAUGUUUAUACCAAGAAGCGGAGUGAGUUUGGACGGCAGUGUAAUUUCUCUGACCGACCGGCUGAACUCCAUGUCGACAUCCUGCCAGAUACAUCCCUCACUGAGGACUUCAUUGAGAGAAAUCCAGUUGACAUUGGCAUACAAUGUGUUCAGGAAAUGUCAGAGCAUGAGGUCAACACGGAAAGAUUUGAGACGGACAGCAGAGGCAUCAACCACACAGAGGGAGGCUGGCCAAAGGAUAUCAAUCCGCAAGAAGUUGAGCAAGUCAUUAGGUAUAGGAAAAAGGUUGAGAAAGAUGAGGUUUAUAUCAACACCAUACAACAGCUGUGCAGUGUAAUGGAACACUGCAUCAAGCAGAACAACUCCAUCGACAUCUAUGAAGAAUACUUUGAUGAUCAAGAAAUGGACAUGACAGAUGAACCGCCAUCCGCAAAGACUAUAAAUGUUUUCAGAGAUCCAAAUGAAAUCAAACGAACAGCCACUCACAUUUCCUGGUUCCCAGAUGGUCCAAGGAAAAUUGCUGUCGCUUAUUGUAACUUAGAAUUCCAAGGAAGUGCAUCAGAGACCAGCAUGGAUUCAUACAUUUGGGAUGUUGAAAACCCUAAUAAGCCUGAAAUGACUCUGAAACCUGUGUCACCACUCGUCUGCCUCGAGUACAAUCCUAAAGAUUCCCACGUGCUGCUUGGAGGUUGUUACAACGGUCAAAUAGCAUACUGGGACACUAGGAAAGGGUCGCAGCCAGUAGACAUGACACCAAUAGAACACAGCCACAGGGACCCUGCCUACAAAACAAUUUGGUUAUCAUCAAAGACUGGCACAGAAUGUUUCUCAGCAUCGACAGAUGGUCAGGUGUUGUGGUGGGAUACACGAAAACUUGGAGAACCGACAGAAAAACUUUACCUUGAUCCGACAAAGAAGCAAGACUUAACGAAAGCACAGGGCGCAAUGUGCUUAGAAUAUGAACCAACAAUUCCAACAAAAUUCAUGGUAGGAACUGAACAAGGAACGAUCAUGUCGUGUAACAGAAAAGCCAAAACUCCAGCUGAAAAAAUUGUAAAUGUUUGGGGAGGUCAUCACGGUCCAGUAUACGCCCUACAACGGAAUCCAUUCUUCCCGAAGAACUUCCUCAGUGUGGCUGAUUGGACAGCGAGAAUUUGGUCUGAGGAUAUCCGGGAGUCCUCAAUCAUGUGGACAAAGUACCACAUGGCCUACCUCACAGAUGGUUGCUGGUCACCUGUCCGACCGUCUGUCUUCUACACAACCAAAAUGGAUGGUACUCUUGAUAUCUGGGACUUUAUAUUCAAACAGAAUGAUCCAACUCUUAGUCUACAGGUCUGUGAUGAGUCUCUGCACUGCUUACGAGUCCAGGAACACGGCCGUCUCCUUGCCACUGGUUCUUACAGUGGUACUACUACUCUCCUAGAACUAUCUGACGGUCUCUGCACAUUACAAAGGAAUGAGAAAACUUUAGUAACUGCUAUGUUUGAGCGAGAAACUAGGAGAGAAAAGAUCUUGGAGUCCCGACACAGAGAAAUGAAACUGAAAGAAAGGACAAAGAGUUCACAAGAAAAGGAUGAGGCACCCGAGGAGGAUGCCCCCGAAGGGGAGGAGAAUCUUGUUGAGAAGGCCGAACUCGACUUCUUCCAUAUCAUCGAACAGGAGAAGAAGGAGAGGGAAAAGAGGGAGGCCAAACGACAGACGGCCGAAACAGAUAAAGAAAAGGUGGAUGAGAGAAAGACCACACCCAUUGAAGAAGAGGAUGAAGAUGAAGGAGGACAAGAGAAAGCAGAAGACGAAAAACCCGAGAAACAAGAGGAGCAAGCACCAGAACCAGAGGUGGUACCAGAAGCAGAACCAGAAGCAGAGCAGAAGCAGGAAUAAAUAUCACAUCUUGCCACGGACGCCAUUUCCAUCAUAGGCCCAUUCUUCUCUUGAGGGACUUUCUAACGGGCUGCACAGCAACUAAGACAAACCUGUUGUUUGUGCAGUAUGUGAGUGCAUUGUACAGUUAAUAACAUUUACCAAUACACUACAGGACAGGCACUAUGUGACACUGAACCCAAGUGUAAUAUGCACCGUUGUGUGACUGCAUGAUAGCAGGACAAGAGGGUAUUUCAUCUGCUCUGCCAAUAACCAGGAAAGUCCUUUUGAUAGAAGCCAGGGCCAAUCAACCUCAGUUGCUGCACAUUUCUUUCAAGUUUUAACUGUCUUGGAAGAGAUUUUACUUCCAAUUUCCAUGUGCAGCAACUCUUGCAGAUUAUCUUUAAGCAAGAAGUUUCCAUUUUGAAGGCAAGUUUCACUGAGCAAUAUUUUGGUAGUUUCUUACGAGGUUUCUACAUUGGCAAGACCAAGAAAUUGUGUGUGGCAGGGUAGAGAUAUCAUUUGGGACUCGUAAUUCGGCCUCAGCAUUGAGGUUAUUGCCAAUAACGUCACCACUUUAUUUCCAUUAGAAAUGAGGCGCUGAUAUGAGGCGACAUUGGUCAUGAUGUACGCAUCCCAAAGUGACAGGACGAUUGGUUGUGUUAACACACAUUAAAAUGUGCUCUGUGAAACUUGCUAGUUUGCCAGAGAGGUAACGAUGCCAGAAAAAUCUGUGAUGAAGCACUUUGUUUCAGCUUCAUCAUGAUUUCCGUCAAGUUCUACAGGCAUGACAGUGAUCAGAACAUUUAUUUCCGUCCAUUUCAUAUACUUCGGCCUGCAGCCAUAGUUGUUUUUCUUGGUAGAUUGGGACAAUUUUGCACUUGAAUGUUUAUACAUAAUGUUAAGGUAAUAUCACCAUCCAUUUUUUUGCGUUACUGUAUAAAGAUUGUUGCUGAAUAAACUUAGGGCCAAGACAUAGGGCCAACAUUGAAGUCGAUGUGUACAAAACAAGAUUGAUGUCAUUGAACUAUUCCUAUUUCUGUUGUGAUGUAUUGAAAAUAUUAACGAUUUUGAUUCAGUUUCUAGUUUAUUCACUUGUUGGUGCAAACAUCUACCUUUCAUUAAAUAUAUUCCUUUAUUUAAAGUUUAAUUCUUUUGUAAUAUUUACCAUAAUUAAUGUGGAAUAAAAAUAAAACAAAUUUGCG